ACUCGCCCCAGCUCAUUGCACCUGUUUUUUUGUUGUCGUCGUUGUGUUCGGCUUCACCCUUGACAACGCUUGGAUUGGUGCCGAGGUCGAGAGAGAAGUGUAGAAUCAGUGUCAGAUCGUGGGUUGUAGAAGAACCAAGAUGCUGCCCACAGUCUCCAAAGGACGUUCUCCUUCCAACUCUCGCCCCAAUCCUAUGUUCCUCCAGUACCUCCGCCGAAUAAUCAAGUGGCAACAAAUGGAUAUUGAAUAUACUUUCUGGCAAAUGCUUCACCUAUGCACCUCACCGAAAGUUGUCUAUCAGCACACUAAGUACCACAAACAAACUAAGAAUCAAUGGGCCCGUGAUGAUCCUGCUUUUGUUGUAAUCUGCAGUCUUCUUUUGGUAGUUGCAACCUCGGCUUAUUGUGCUGCGUAUGAUCAUAGUUCAGCACAUGCUGUUUUUGUAGUGAUAUCAGUAUUGCUUUUCCAUUUUUUAAUAACUGGAAUAUUUCUGGCUACAUGUUGUUGGUUUCUAACAAAUGCUUACCUUCGAGAGGAGGCUCCAAACAGUCAUGUAGUUGAGCAACGGGUUGAAUGGCUGUAUGCAUUUGAUGUGCACUGCAACUCUUUCUUCCCAAUGUUUGUUCUGCUUUAUGUGAUACAUUAUUUUCUAUCACCUCUCUUGGUGGCUCACGGUUUCAUUCCUGUCUUGCUGUCAAAUUUGCUUUUCAUGGUGGCUACCUCCUACUAUCAUUAUCUUAACUUUUUAGGUUAUGAUGUAUUGCCCUUUUUGGAGAGGACUACAUUCUUCCUGUAUCCAAUUGGUUGUGUCAUAAUCCUUUCUCCCAUCUUCAUUCUGAGUGGGUUCAAUCCUUCAAGAUACAUUAUGAACAUGUACUUCAGUCAAUUCCAAUGAUCCACCGAGGCUAACACUCAAUAUAUAGGAUAUAUAAUGAGGUGAGAUUUGAGAGGGAACUAAUUCAGAAGUUACAUGAACAAGAGAAGGGUUUUGAUCAAUGCUUGAUUGGUUCUCUUAUAUGUUAAAAAAAAGGCAGGAUCACCGAUCGAAAAAAGCUUCUGCUGCUUUGCUUCUUUGUAGGCCUUUUGUCACUGCAAGUGAAAUUUGCAAUCAACUGGAGUCACCCAAAAAAAAAAAAAAAAAUUGUUUUUGUAGUCAGGAGAAUCGAUCAAUAGAUCUUGUUGAAUGUAAUGAUUUUGCCUCUUCAUGUCA